CUACUUUUCCCAUAAUGCCUUUUCAGGAAGUGGUUUAGGAACCGGGAACAGCAGCGAGUUGUUUGUUAGCAACAGUCGCUGUGGAUGUCUGAAAAUGUGUCAGUGAACGGCUGUCUGUGCAGACUGUGUGAAGCAUGUCUGCUCUGACGUUAGCUGACGAUACUGCUGGUGACAUCCCUGUGAGGGACAUCACUUUAAACCUCGCCGGAGCAGGCAUACCCGUUUUGGAGAAAGAGUCACUUCUUUCCCAAAAUGCCCGAGCCAGACAAGCUGUGGCCAAAGUCAGUAGAGAAGAGCUGGAGGAUCGCUACCUGCGUUUGCAGGAGGAAAACCUCCUACUCAAGCAGCACACACACAAACAAGAGGACAAGAUCAAGAGGAUGGCCACCAAGCUGAUCCGCUUGGUGAAGGACCGUAAGCGGGUGGAGCAGGUGUCUUCAGCGGGCCGUGUGGUUGGAGGUCGGGAUGUUGAGAUGGAAGAGAUGAUUGAGGAGCUACAGGAGAAAGUCCAAGAGCUGGAGAAACAAAAUGAGGGGCUCAAGCAGCGUCUGCUGACGGCAAAGCAGCAACUUCAGACCCAGAGCCGCAGACCAACGGCCUACAGCCACAUCCAAUCUCGAAUCAAUUCUGGCCUCCGCAGACUUAGAGAAGACACACCUGUGUCGCCUCAGCGGCCAUUAACACCAAGAGGAGUAGGAUCCAGACACGUGGAGGGGGAAAUGAGCAGCAGGCCACCACAGGGGCUCUUACCCCGCUAUGGGCACAGUCUGCUGGAUGAGGCUCGCUCGGAGAUCCGCAAUCUGGAGAAUGUGAUAGAAAACCAGAGGGCUCAGAUGGAAGAGAUGGAGAGGUCAGCAGAGAUGUUGAGGGACCAGCUGAGGAGUAAAGAGAGAGAGUAUGAGGAAUCUCUCCUUCAGCUUAGAGAGCAGCAGGCCAGCGGCCAAAGGUCAACCAUCAAAGACAAUGUGGAGAUGAUAAAGCUGCAAAAACAACUGUCUGAGAAAGGAAAUGCAUUCACUGUGCUGGAGGGAAGAUUCCUUCAGCUACAAGAGAGCCAGAAGACCCUAAAAGCCAGCCAUGAGGCAGCAAUGGCCAAAGUGGAUGAGCUCACUGGACAGCUGAAAGAGGAGAGGCUGAGGAGCCUAGGGCUGGAGAGCCACCUGCACACCAAAACACUGGAAGAGAGGAGGACUCGCGAGUUGCUUGAGCGAAUUCAGGAUUUGGAGAAGGAGAGAGACUUGCUCAAAGAGAACUGUGAUAAGUUGGUGAAUAGUGCCUUUGAUGUAAGUCAAGAACAAAAGUGGAAGACAAGAGAACAGCAGCUCAAACUGCAGAUUGCCCAGUUGGAGAUGGCGCUGAAAUCUGAUCUCAAUGAUAAAAACCAAAUUUUGGAUAAGAUUAAGGCAGAGAGAGAUUUGAAUGAGAAUUUGAUGCAAGAGAACAAAGAACUUCAGCUUCGCUAUCUGGAACAAAAGCAACAAUUAGAUGAAAUAAAAGAUCGUAUGAAGUUCUUUACCAAGGAGAGUGAAAUAGAUGCUUCUGAACUCAGUGAAGCACUGAUGCUCAUAAAGGUACGUAAAACCAAGACAAACGAAGAACUGGGUUUCUUGGAGAAGGUGGAUGAGCAGGUCCACUUGGAUGUAGAAUGCUCAAUGAAGGAAUUACAGGCCACAUACGCUGAAACUGUACAAGAGUUGGAGAAGACAAGAAACAUGCUCAUCAUCCAGCACAAGAUCAAUAAAGACUACCAGGCAGAAGUUGAAGCAGUAACGCGAAAGAUGGAUGAUCUGAAGCUGGAGAAUGAACUAAAGCAGAAGAAACUGGCCCAACUUCUGGACAUGAGAGCUGCCAAGAUAAAGAAACUAGAAGCUCAGCUGAAAGACAUUGCCUACGGAACCAAAACCCACAUCUUCAGACCUGAUGUCACAGAUGACGACGUGACUGAUGAGUUUGAUGAAACUGUGCAUCUUGCUCGAGGGGAGAAUCUUCUGGAGAUCCACCUGGGCACGGCUCGGUUCAGCCCUGAAACUUUACAGAGUCUUGGUGACAAAGAACCAUCCACUUUCUGCACUUACGCAUUUUAUGACUUUGAGCUGCAGUCCACGGGUGUGAUGCGGGGGUCUCAGCCAGCCUAUGAUUUCACCUCCCAGUAUCUGGUGAAAGUAGAUGAUCUCUUCCUGCACUACCUCCAUAGCAGUUCCAUCACUGUGGAAGUGCAGCUGGCCGAGGGUCUGGCUUACCACACCAUAGCUGCAGGUCAGCUGCGAUUGAAUCAGGUCUUGGAGAGAGAUGGGAAGGUGUUUGGCACCCUGCAGUUGAUAGGUGUCAGUGGUGAUAUCCAGGCAUUUGGAACUCUAGAUUACUGGCUCAGGCUGAGGGUUCCUAUAGAGCAGGCCAUCCGUCUGUAUAAGGAGCGAGCCAAAGCGCUGGGCUUCCUUAGCUCUAGCCUUAGAGACCAGAGCCAGGCUUCGACUGCCCCUGUCCCCAGCACUUCAUUUAAAGAUGGAAACCUGAACGAGCUCAAUGUCAUAAUACGCUGUUGCAGUAACCUCAAACCCAGAGGUCCUCAUACUCAGCCCAGUCCAUACGUCAUCUAUAAACUCUACGACUUCCCUGACCAUGACACACCAAUCAUUACUUCCACCAGUGAGCCCCAGUUUGAGGAUCACAUGACCUUUCCCAUCAUGAUGAAUGCAGACCUUGAUGUGUAUCUGAGGGCAGAGGCUUUGACCCUGUAUGUUUUUGAUGAUCUGGACUUGGAGAAUCAGCUGUACCUGGGGAAAGCAAGAGUGCCACUUAUAUCUCUGGCCCAUGAUAAGGCCAUUACCGGUACGUUCGAGCUUACGGACCCAGAUGGUGUGCCCAGUGGCUACAUAGAUUUGACUCUGAAAUGGAAGUUCACAUACCUGCCUCCUUCUGGCUCAGCCAUGACUGCAGAGCAGGCCAAGUUCAUCGUCAAAGAGACACCAGUCAAACUAGGAGCUGGUGGAGCUGAAAGUGUUAAUGGAGGGCAGGAGAGGGAACUUAAUCCCUUGUCUCUUUCCACACCUUCUGAGAACCCACUGCCAAAGCCCAGACUGCGGACCCUUACAAAAACAUCUACUAAAAAAGUUUCAUUCUUGGAUGUCACAGAGGUGGAAAACCAGGUGGGUGAAACUACUCCCUCUGGUGGUGACCAGGAAAACAAGCACUCUACUGUCUCAACAGCAAAGACUGUCGCAGUGGUUGAGGCGGGACAGUCCGCUACACUUACAAAAGAGGAAGAUGAUGAAGACUCGCGUUUCUCAGAGGGCCAGGUGAUUGCAGUGAGCUCUCAGUCUUUAUCCGAUGAAUCUGAAAUUUCUGAGGAACUGCAGGAGCCUGAGGAAGAGAUACAGCAGGCAGAAGGCACAGAUCUGAGUGAAUCGAUCCUUUCAGACAGCGAUGACUGCAUUGUGCCUGCUCAGAGCACACAGGCCAGGAAACAGCCGUUCGAGCGGAUUCGUGUGGAGAUCGUGUCUCUGAGUCUGAAGCCAGACUCCAGGGUCUCAGUGGACUCUAGUGUGGUCAGGCUGUUUGUGGAGUAUUGUUUUCUGGACCUGCCCACAGUAGAGACCCCGCUGUCACUGCCCAAACCACUGCCUGGACAAAGCAUCUACUACAACUAUAGCAAUGUGAUCCAUGUGGAUGUGGAGAAUAACCAGGCCAGACGCCACACCCUUAGAGCAGUGCUUGAAGGCAGGAACAGAAAGCUAGAGAACGUUAAAUUCACAGUAGUGAGUGAUCCACCUGAGGAAGAGGAGCAGGAAAAGGAGUGUGAGGAUGUGGGCGUGGCCUACCUCAGGAUCCCUGACAUUCUAGAGAAGCAGAGAGACAUGAUGGAUGUUGAUCUGAAGAUUGUGGAUGUGCAGGACAGCAGUGAAGUGGUGGGGAGUCUGAAGGUCACUGUAGAAGCUCUGGAGGCUCUAAGGUCCAUCAUGGAGGAUCCAGACCAUGACCACUCUUUCUCUGCUCUCACUUGAGCUCCAGUCCAGCAGCUGCAUACACAGAGACUCGUUUACGUCAUGUAGCAACAGUCAAGAGAAUAGGUCAGGUGAAAACAGUAGGUUUUGUUUACUUCACUGGAUCAGGGAGAAGAAUCCACUAGCAAUUGACAAAAAUGAGAAAAAUAUACUAGGGAGAAAAAAAUAGACAGAUUCAAAGAAAACUCCCAAAAUAUUUCCAGCCUCUUGCUGCUCAUUUUGCUGUUCUGUGUGAUGGUUCCACGCCAAAACUGAAGUGACAACAAAGUGGCAACGUUGUCACACAUAAGAAUUGUCAACAAAUUGUGGGGUCCAAAAAUUUGCAAAGAAAAAUGCAGGCCUUGGCACAAAAUUUGCUUAAAUUUGAAUAAUGAUCUAGAAACAGUACAUUUUUUGAAUAUUUCUUGAAAGUUAUUGAUUCUUGUCAUGACUUUUCUUAGUUUUCAUUUUUUCAAAAUUCUAAAACUUUAUUUUAUUUCCUGGUUUCAAUUAAAUCAAUCCCAGAUUCUCAAUGUGGCCUCAGACUUUUUGGACCCCACUGUGUGUUCUUCUCAUUUUUUUCAAACACAACUUAUAAAAUGAAUGACAUUUAUUUACAGUUGUGCAGAUGUUUCCAUUUUAAUCCAGUAAGGGAGGAAAGAAAUGUUGUUGUGCUCUGCCUUCUAGCCAAGAAAGAGUGUGUUUUAAAUAUUCCCCUAAAACAGAAGGAGCGAUAAUAAAACAUGCGUGACUAAUAUCCUUUCAAGUGAAUAACAUCAGAAGGCUUUGAUUCUUCCCCUUACAGUGGAACCCAGUGUGACAUCCUUUAAGAUUGGAAUAUUUCUCUAUGGCUGCCUCCCUGGGUGUAAGCCCCUAGUGCUCAGUUUGACGUGGUGAUGAUGUUUAGUGCUUUAAUAACUGUGCUUAAUGAAAAGCCUGUUAAGCCUCAUUAGCCGCUGUGUGCCACACGGCUGUUUUUAUAUUGAAGAUGUGGAAUGGAAUCUAACUGAAUUUAAUGGGAUUUAAUCCAUCUCUUUAAAAUGCUAAUGCCCAUUUUCACGCGCAUUGACUCACAGCACACACACUCUCCCUCUGCAGAGCGCAGUGGAUUCUUCUGGGCUGCUUUUGGUACUUGACAUUUCUAGCCUUUACUGAGGGCUUUUAGGACUAUUUACUUAAGACAUUUGUACUGUAUUUUUAUACAGAAAUAUAGAUUCACUUUAUAUUUGUCAUUUUAUUUAUUCAAAGACAUUGACAGCAAAUUUUAGCCACUGUUUAUAGAAUUAGAAACAACAGUAUUUAUGAAUUUAUGUGGUAUUUAAUAGCUGUUUGUACAUUGUAGUUUUAUUAAAGACAUUCUGUGUUGUUUUCUAUUGCCACUGACAGUGCAUACUCAUUUUUCAUUAUUACCUAAGUUAUUAGUGUUGCCACGCAGCUGUAUGAUCAGAGCGUUUAACUGAUUUGGCCCACUGCAUGGUAGACCUGUCAGUCUAAAUGAUGCACAGUCUCUGCGUAUUGACUCUGACAUGGUUGGUGGAUUCUUCGUGUGUUUAGUCUGACCUCAUCAUUAGCUCUGCUCAGGGGUGGAUCAAUAUUAUUGAUCUGCUACCCAGCACUGCCACCGAGACUCUCUCUACCCUGCACACAUGCAAAUGGCCCUGCCACCUGAAAAGAAAGACAGAAAAAAGCAGGCGAGAAGCAGCGUCCCAAGUGGUCUCAUUAGGCAUUCAGAGUUAAGACGUGGGGCGGGUCAUGUUGUCAUGUGCAGAUGAUUGGAGCACAGCCCUUUGACAGCUGUGACAGGCGGGUGGGUGGCCUCGCAGCCCCCUCUUCUCUUUUGGCCCAUCUGUCAUAUUGCGCUGAGCGUUCUUGCCAUUGAGGGAGAAGGUACAGGACUAGUCCUCAAUUAGGCACGUUAGCUACAUGAGGGAAAUGUCAUUUUCAUGACACGGAUAACCUCCGAGUCCACCAAGGCCACUUACCACAGGCAGAUCCCAAAUGAGCCUGAACUGGAACCAGUCACUGAAAUGAACCAAGAGCUCUCUGUUUAAAUUGACUCACCAUACACUUCUCAAACCACACCUCUAGAUUCGUUUAACCUGUAACCUCAUGUUUCUUCCUUCCAUCUCUUCUGUCCUGUCUUAACGGCAGCAGAAACUCAACCUUCAAACUUUGCCUCAUGUUUGUCUUGAGGAGGCUGAUAAACAUGAAUAGGCCCAGUGACUGUGCAAGCACUGUUUGAAUGGCAUUGUCUCAUGUCAGGA